CCGCCUGCUAAAAAUACCCGGCUGGACACCCAUAUAAGCGCUGCCGAGUACAGCGCCCGGCACUUCUCCGGGUUCAGUCAGAGGCCCCGAACAGAGCCAACAUGACCGAGCGCCGCGUGCCCUUCACGCUCCUGCGGACCCCCAGCUGGGACCCCUUCCGCGACUGGCACCCGACCUACAGCCGCCUCUUCGACCAGGCCUUCGGGAUGUCCCGCGUUCCCGAGGAGAUGGCGCAGUGGUUCGGCCACAGCGGCUGGCCGGGCUACGUGCGGCCGCUGCCCGCGGCCACGGUCGAGGGCCCCCCGGCGCUGGCCGCGCCCGCCUACAGCCGCGCGCUCAGCCGGCAGCUCAGCAGCGGCAUCUCCGAGAUCCGGCACACCGCCGAUCGCUGGCGCGUGUCCCUGGACGUCAACCACUUCGCCCCCGAGGAGCUGACCAUCAAGACCAAGGACGGCGUGGUGGAGAUCACCGGCAAGCAUGAAGAGAGACAGGAUGAGCACGGCUUCGUCUCUCGAUGCUUCACACGAAAAUACACGCUGCCCCCAGGCGUGGACCCCACCCUGGUUUCCUCCUCCCUGUCCCCCGAGGGCAUGCUCACCGUGGAGGCCCCUCUGCCCAAGCCAGCCACCCAGUCCUCAGAGAUCACAAUCCCCGUCACCUGUGAGGCCCGUGCCCAGAUUGGGGGCCCAGAAGCUGGGAAGCCAGAACAGCGUGGAGACAUGUGAAGCCAUUAGCCCUGACGCCCAGCCCCUAGGAACCAUCACUGACCAUCCCCACCCACCAACCUGUGUGCUCUUUUGAUACAUUUACCUGCUUUUUUUCUCAAAUAAAGUUGGAAGCAAAUGCCCA